AUGCCUUCUAACACGGCAGCAAGCAUGUUCGGUGGGGCGGGUGGAAGAGGCUCCCGGGCGUCCGUGGCCAGCUUGGAGGGGCUUCUCAAUGUGCUGCGUAAAGAUCCCGAGCGGAAUUCCACUCCGGCCGGAGUAACAGUUCCUGGCCCGAUCCCAGUCCUCUGGGCCCCAGCCGCACCAGCGGAUGACAAACAGACACUGCGGGGCUUGAACGACCGUCUGUCCGGCUACCUGGGCAGAGUAAAACAGCUGGAGAGGGAGAAUCGGCAGCUGAAGGAUGAGAUCGAUGAUAUUUUGGUCAAAAGGAAAACACCAGAGGGCCGCGACUGGGGAGAGGUUGAAAAGCCGUUGAAUCACCCCAAGAACAAGAUUAAGGACAUCACCAAGGAUAAUGCCAAAUUGCUGCUCCAGAUUGACAACACCAAACUGGCCAAUGCUGACUUCAUGAACAAGCUGAAUGAUGAGACAAAGGCACGGAAGGCAAUUGAAAAUGACUUGGAUGAACUGAGGAAGAACAUCAAAGACACUAAGCUCAGCAAUAAGCAGACACAGAAGGAAAUUGAUCUGGUGAAGGAUGAAUUAGCUAUCUUUGAGCAGGACCACAAAAAUGCUGUGGACAACCUGUGUGAGAAAAUCAAGAAUUCAGGGGUGAAUGUGGAAAUUGAAACCCCAAAUUCCAAUUUGCCCGAAAUAGUCAACAAUAUUCGCAAACAAUAUGACAAACUCGGCACAAAGAACCUGAAGGAGACCGAGGAUUGGUACCAGAGCAAGUUUGAAAACAUAAAGGUGGAAGAGGCGAAGAACACUGAAGCGCUGCAGUCUAGCAAGAUGGAGCUCAAAGAUCUGUCCAAGCAGAAAAAAUAUCUGGAAAUCAAGGUUCAGGGUUGCCACACCACGAUCCAUAAUCUGGAGGAAACUCUUAGGUUCACCAAGCUGGAGAACGGUCAGCGGUUGGCCCCACUAAACCGGAGUAUCCUAGAUUUGGAGCAACAGCUGAAGAAAAUGAGGGCACACGUAGAGAACCAGUUAGAGAUGAACAAGGACCUGCUGUGUGUCAAGAUGAAACUGGAGGCCGAGAUCAACGAAUACCAGCAGUUGAUAUCAGGCAAUGCCGACAGCUUGGAUUUUUCAUUAAAAGAUUGUCUGCCCCACGACCAGCAAAAGCCUGAAGAAGAGAUUUCAGAGGAGCAGAAAGAAGAGACAGAAGUUGUGAAGCAAGAAAAUAGAUCAGAUUCCCCAGAAGCUGUUGCAGUCCAAGCAGAAAGCUUAAAGAAAAUUGACAAAAAGGUUUCCUCUUCAUCUUCAUCCUCUUCUUCUUCCUCAGAGUCUGAGGAGGAAAAGGCCAAGAACCAGGAUGAGGUGGAAAUAGCUUGA